UGUUCAGAAUCCAGAGCAGCUGGCAUUAACUUAAAAAAUUCAGUUGCUGGAAGACGCCUGACGCUCCCGAACGGUCGCUUCCUUCUCUCUCGGCUAGCCAUGGCGAUUGGACAAGCCCUAGCUGCACUCUGCUCAAGCAAAACCCUAAUUCCUCGGUCCUUUUUAUCUUCCUCAUCCGCUUCCGCCCGUCCGCGUGGCGUCAGGCUCGCUUGCAGCUCAUGGUCUCUGCCGUCUCCUUCGCCGGAGAUCGGGAUCUCCGACACCCACGCUCUGCGCCGCACGGUGGAGGCCUUCGACCCCAGGAUCCCUCUGGCCGAGGCCCUGACCCCGCCCAGCUCCUGGUACACCGACCCCUCCUUCUUCGCCUUCGAAUUCGAACGCGUCUUCCUGCGGGGAUGGCAGGCCGUAGGUUACACUGAACAAAUCAAGAAUCCUCAUGAUUUCUUUACUGGAAGAUUGGGAAAUGUAGAGUUUGUCAUCUGUCGAGAUGCAAAUGGAGACCUUCGUGCUUUUCACAAUGUGUGUCGCCACCAUGCCUCUCUCCUUGCCUCAGGAAGUGGGCAAAAGUCUUGCUUUGUAUGCCCCUAUCAUGGCUGGACUUAUGGGUUAGAUGGUGCACUCCUGAAGGCAACUCGAAUUACUGGAAUCAAGAACUUCAAUAAAGAUGAGUUCGGUCUUAUGCCAUUGAGUGUGGCUACUUGGGGACCCUUUGUACUAAUAAAUUUGGACAAAGAUACCGUACCUCAACAAAAUUUUGCAAAUGAUUUGGUGCACAAUGAAUGGCUUGGGAGUGCUUCAGAUAUCAUUAGUAAUGAUGGGAUUGAUUCUUCACUGAAACAUGUUUGUAGGCGUGAAUAUACUAUUCGAUGCAAUUGGAAGGUGUUCUGCGACAACUACUUGGAUGGUGGCUAUCAUGUUCCAUAUGCACAUGGAGGCCUUGCAUCUGGUCUUAAGCUUGACUCCUACUCUACCCUUAUUUUUGAGAAGGUAAGUAUUCAAAGAUGUGAAGGCGCUUCUGUAGAUGAAGAUGACUUUGAUAGACUGGGAUCAAAAGCAGUGUAUGCUUUCAUUUAUCCAAACUUCAUGAUCAACAGGUAUGGUCCAUGGUUGGACACUAAUCUAGUAAUCCCAUUGGGCUCAACCAAUUGUCAAGUGAUUUUUGAUUACUUUCUUGACCAUUCACUGUUGGAUGACAAGGUGUUCAUUGAGAGAAGUUUAAAAGAGAGUGAAAGAGUGCAGGUGGAAGAUAUUGCACUGUGUGAAGGAGUCCAAAGGGGCCUAGAAUCACCAGCUUAUUGUAGUGGCAGAUAUGCACCAUCCGUCGAGAUGGCCAUGCACCACUUCCAUUGUCUUCUGCAUGCGUGCCUUAAUGAUCUCUGAUCAUAUCAUGUACUCACCACCUGCAAAGCUGUUGUCCCACCCUUAUCUUACCUGAUUGAUAAUCAGAGCAGUAGGCACUCCUUUAUUUACCAUUGGAGUGAAAAAGAAGACCCGAUACAAGCUUGUUAAUAUGCUUAUUUAUGAAAAUUUGCUCUAGUGUUGUGCGCUGUUGGCCUUGAA